AAGUGCUAACGAGCUCUUGUGCUGUUGUGUGCAUGUGCUCAGCCUCAGAGACGGACAGAACACACACAUGUAGAGUCCUCUUUUAGCUUAAACUGCAUGACUGAAUGCUCAAAUGCAAGCAAAAAUGUGUCAGAACAUGAAGCUUAGUGAUUAUUCACAUACUGAAGUUUGUGUUUCUGUACUUUGUGGCAUUCUGCUUUGGUAAUGUCUUUGAAAUCUGUUUUCUUUCUAGGAUGGUCAUUCCACACCUGUGCUUGCAGAAGUGGCAAUGAUGCUUAGGUUGAUGAAAGCUCCCCGAUGUCCAAACAUCAUCAGAUUACACAACUGGCUUGAGGUUGAGGACAACUUUGUUCUCAUUCUGGAGUACGCAGAGUCAUGCCAGACCUUGCUUCAGUACAUCAAAGACACAGCGGACAUUGAGGAAAACCAAGCACGCCAGUUAAUGCGUCAGUUGAUCCGAGCUAUAAUGUUCUGCACCGAGCGUGGAGUUUUCCAUGGGGAUAUACACACAGCAAACAUCCUGGUGACUCUACCCCGAUUAGAGCUCAAAUUGAUCGACUUUGGAUGUGCUCAGCCAAUUACCCAAAAGCCUUUCAACAAAAGUGACUAUCGAGGAGCUGGACAUGGCAUGCCACCUGAGGCUUUGAGGUGUCGUGUAUUCCAUGCUAACCCGGCAUACGUCUGGACAAUAGGCAUUAUGCUGUAUGAAAUAAUGCAUGGACGACUGGCCUUCAAUAACAGACAGUCAAUAAUGUUUGGCGCAAUUCAGAUACACCCCAGGUUAUCCACAGCAUGCGUGGACCUGAUUUCCCAGUGUUUGAUCCGUAAUCCAGCUAAACGGCUACAGUUACACCAGGUAGAAGAGCACUGCUGGUUCAAUCCAACGACCCCAAAUCCUGUGAAGCAGUUAUACAAGAGGAGAAAAAACUAAAGAAGCGAGGAGGAGGAGAGCACCAUUUCCAGACAUUCACAAGACUGUUAAAGUUAUUAAUUACUCCCUCAUGUCAUUCCAAACCCCCAAGACCUUACAGUCAGUGUCAGUUCAUGACGUGUGUUGAAGAGAGCUCUGUCCUGCGCUGUAUGUGUGUCGCACUGCUGACGUUUACCUCAGAUGUGCCCACGCUUUGUUUAAAUGAGAGGAAG